AUGGAUUCAUCAUCAAUUCCAGAUUGUGUCGAUAAAUGGGUGAACAAUAUCCAUGAACAAAAUGUUCAUCACGAGAAAGAAAGUAUUGCCAAUAGUGGACCUCACUUGGGAAUGCAAUUUGAAUCUGAGGCGGUGGCAUAUGAAUUUUAUAAUGAUUACAGUAAAAGAAUUGGAUUUGGUAUUCGUCGAGAAUAUGGAAAUAAAAGCAGAAUAGAUGGAGUUUUGACUUCGAGAAGAUUCACAUGCUUCAAAGAGGGUGCGCGAGUUGUUGACAAAAGACGUCAACCGACGGCGGAGUCUAGAGCAGAAACCAGAACAGGAUGCACAGCGCGUAUGGUUAUUUCACUUGAUCGAAAGAUAGGGAAAUAUAAGGUUGUUGACUUUGAAUCUCAACAUAACCACCUUCUGGUUCCACCUGAGUAUGUUCAUAUGAUUCGCUCCCAUCGACACAUAUCUGAGGCACAAGCAUCACAAAUUGUCUUGGGAGAUGAAUCUGGCUUAAGACCAAGAGAGUUGCAUCAAUAUAUAUCCAAGCAAGCUGGUGGGGUAGAGACUGUCGGUUUUACAAGCCAAGACCUUAAGAAUUUGCUUAAAACCAAAAGGAAGCAAUCACUAAAGUACGGUGAAGUGGGUGCCUUGAUGACAUAUUUCAAACAAGAAAGUGAAAAUCCAUCAUUCUUUUAUGAUUUUCAAAUGGAUGUUGAUGAGCUAAUAACAAAUAUAUUUUGGGCGGAUGCACAGAUGAUUAAUGAUUAUGGAUACUUUGGUGAUAUCAUCACUUUUGACACCACUUACAAGACAAAUAAGGAUUAUCGACCUUUCGGUGUAUUUGUUGGACUUAAUAAUCACAGGCAAACCGUCAUUUUUGGGGCAACAUUGUUAUAUGAUGAAACAAUUCCUUCUUUUCAGUGGUUAUUUGAAACUUUUCUGAAAGCAAUGGGUGGAGAAAAGCCUAAAACCAUUCUAACAGAUCAAGAUGCAGCAAUGGCUAAAGCUAUUUCUUUAGUUAUGCCAAAAACAUUUCAUGGAUUGUGCACUUGGCAUAUAAGACAGAAUGCUCUUAGGCAUGUGAACCAUCUAUAUCAAAAGAGUUCGCGAUUCCGUUUGGAUUUUGAAGCAUGCAUAGAUCUACACGAGGAGGAAAGUGAAUUUUUGAAGGAAUGGAAUUCUUUACUUGUUGAUCAUAAUGUUUUGAAAGAUUCGUGGUUGCAUUCAAUUUUUAAAUUGAAGGAAAAAUGGGCAUGGGCUUAUGUUCGGAAAACAUUCACGGCAGGUAUGCGAUCUACUCAAUUAAGUGAGAGCUUUAAUGCUGAUUUGAAAAACCAUUUGAAGUCAGAUAUAAAUUUGGUACAAUUUUUUACUCACUUUAAAAGGGCUGUCAAUGCUAAACGGAACAAUGAGUCAGAAGCAGAAUAUGAUUCAAGACAUAAGCUUCCUAAAUUGAAAAUGAAGAAGGCUCGUAUGCUCUUACAAGCCGCAAGUGUUUACACUCCAAAUUUUUUUGAGGAAUUUCAAGAGGAAUAUGAAGAAUAUCAAGAUACUUGCAUAAAGGAGGUGAAAGAAGGUUUGUAUGUUGUCACAAAUUAUGAUAAUGCAAAGGAGAGGAUGGUAAUAGGAAAUCAUAUGGAACAAAAAGUUUCUUGUGAUUGUCGUAAAUUUGAGACACAUGGCAUCUUAUGUAAUCAUGCUUUGAAAGUUUUAGAUGUCAUGAACAUUAAGUUAAUUCCCGAACACUACAUACUAAAACGAUGGACAAGAGAUGCAAGGCUGGGAAGUAAUCAAGGUUGGAGUGGGAGGCAUGUUGAAUUAGACCAAAAAGCCCAUUUCAUGAAGCGGUACAAUGAGUUAUGUCCUCAGUUGCUUAAAUUGACCAAUAGAGCUUCAGAAUCUCAUGAAACUUACACAUUUUUGUCCAAAGUUUAUGAAGAGUCCAGCAAAAUAGUUAAUGAUAUGUUGUCCAAAAAAUAUCUGGAUGGAGAAUCAAGUGGAAUGGUUCAUGUAUCCAUAUCAAUUGCGAAUGAUGAAGUCGACAACAACAUAGACACCGUUGGCAAGGCAAAAGGCAUAAAGACAAAGGAUUGUCCACGUAAGAGUAAAAAACGUUAUAUGUCUUGGCUUGAAAAAGAACGUAAAAAGAUAAAGAUGCGCUCAGAAAAAAAGAAAAAAUCUCAAGAAGGUUUAGUACAAUCAAGCCAAGUAAGCAAUGAAACUCAACAUCAAGAUACAAUCCAAGCAACACAAUCAAGCCAAGUUAACUCAUUGUAA